CGUUUUGCUUCGCGUUGUGUGGCAGUGUGGCAGGUCGAAAAUGAAAUGAAAAUGUUGCGAAAAUGCUGAGAAAAUGCCGGCGGCAUAGCCUGAUCCGUAUCGUAAUUGAAUUCGUGGCAGUGGAUUUAAAAUAAAAUUGAAUUUUGUGAAACACAAAUAACCACGCAGCAUCGGUAUUGGCAUCGGCAUCGGCAGCAGCAGCAGCAGCGGCAACGGCAUCGAAUAGCAAAAACAAUAAACUAGUCGUUAAACGUGAAUAUACAAAUUGGUGUUUUGUUUAAAACUAAUAGACAUAAACAAUAAGCACCGAAUCGCAGAUCUGCAGACCUGCAGAUCCCCCGAAAAAGAGGGAAUUUAUUUUUAAAUACAAUUCCAUUGUUUCCAGUGGGAGAUAUUGCUCAUACGCCUCAUUGGCAUAGUCAAAGCAGAGACCAGAAGCUGUCGUUGUUCCCCUGGUUCCGAAGCUGGUAAAUGGAAAACAAAUAGGAGAACCGAAAAAAGGACACGCAACAUUAGCUAAGCACACACAUCACACACAGGAUACAGGGUACAAAGAACAAUACGUCCGGAGAAUGAUGGAAAGCCACAGCGGAGCCGGAACCGGGGUGGAGGACUCUCCGGACACUGAGAUCAACUGGAGUAACUGGAGCACACCCGCCGUCAUGCUGUACAACGCCAUGAGCAGUGUCACGCCCGUCCCCGACUUCAGCCAGGACUUUGGUCUGCCCAGCAACGCCUACAAUCUCAGCCAAACUUUGCAGACUCCGACGGGCCUGCCAUCCUCCGAGGCUCCCAACGGGGAAGGGAACGAGGCGGCGGCGGCAAUGGAGACAGCCGGCUCGUUUGCAUUCGUGAUGCCCUGGUGGCGUCAGAUCCUGUGGAGCAUACUCUUUGGCGGCAUGGUCAUUGUGGCAACAGGCGGCAACCUAAUUGUUGUAUGGAUUGUGAUGACCACCAAGCGCAUGCGAACAGUCACCAACUAUUUCAUAGUGAAUCUCUCCAUUGCGGACGCGAUGGUCUCGAGUCUGAACGUAACCUUCAACUACUACUACAUGCUGGACAGCGACUGGCCCUUCGGCGAGCUCUACUGCAAAAUCUCGCAGUUCAUCGCCAUGCUGAGCAUCUGCGCCUCGGUCUUCACCCUCAUGGCCAUCUCCAUCGACAGAUACGUGGCCAUUAUGCGGCCGCUGCAGCCCCGGAUGAGCAAGCGAUGCAAUUUGGCCAUUGCAGCGGUCAUCUGGCUGGCCUCCACACUCAUCUCCUGCCCCAUGAUGAUCUUCUACAAGACCGAGGAGGUGCCUGUCAAGGGCCAGAGCCCACGGACUGUCUGCUACCCGGAAUGGCCGGACGGUCAGACCAACCAUUCCAUGCUGGAGUACAUCUACAACAUACUCAUCAUGAUACUCACCUACAUUCUGCCCAUUGUGUCCAUGACGGUCACCUACUCUCGCGUGGGCAUCGAGCUGUGGGGCUCCAAGACCAUCGGCGAGUGCACGCCCAGGCAAACGGAAAACGUCCGCAGCAAACGGCGGGUGGUGAAAAUGAUGAUUGUGGUCGUGCUGAUAUUCGCCAUUUGCUGGCUGCCCUUCCACAGCUACUUCAUCGUCACGUCCUGCUACCCGGCCAUCACCGAGGCGCCCUUCAUCCAGGAACUUUAUUUGGCCAUAUACUGGCUGGCCAUGAGCAACUCCAUGUAUAAUCCCAUUAUUUACUGCUGGAUGAAUUCGCGCUUUCGGUACGGGUUCAAGAUGGUCUUUCGUUGGUGCCUGUUUGUGCGGGUGGGCGCGGACUCCCUCAACCGAAGGGAUAACCUGACUUCGCGGUACUCCUGCUCCGGCUCGCCAGAUCACAAUCGCAUCAAGCGCAAUGAUACACAGAAGUCGAUACUUUACACCUGCCCCAGCUCACCGAAGUCGCAUCGAAUUUCCCAUUGUGGAGUUCUCCGCAAUGCGCCGCUGCGAUCCAGCCAGCAGCAUGAGGUCCUGCACCGCCACUCGGCGCCAGCGGAGCACCUGAGCCUGAGCCACACCAACAGCAACAGCAACAGGAAGCGAAUGCCAUACCAGCAGGAGCUGCAGCACCGCUGGACCGGACAGAGCAGUGGUGCCUCUAAUACCAGCAGUUCCGCCUUGGCAAUGGAAGGUCAGACCACUCAGCUGCUCUCCUGACAGCCGGUUGGCCUGACCCCGACGAACCCGACAAACCCGACGAUGCCGAUGGAAAGCGUUGAGAUGCAGAUGCAGACACAGAUAGUCUCCUCAUCGCCCUACAACAAUAACUAUAGAGGCGCCAACCUGGGAGGCCGGACUGGGCCAGGGACAGGGUCAGGGAAUGGCAAUGAUGCAGCCGAUGACAAAACCUGGCUAUAAGCUUACUUUAUUUAGGUCUCGAAUUUAUACUUUUAGCAGGUCAAAGCCAAACAGAAAUAUUGUAUAUCCUCCUUAUACAUACCACAGACAGUACCACAAUAUAACCCCAGCACUGCGACCGCCCAUUGCACAUAUCAUACGUAAAUCGGUGGAUUUUCAUUUAACAGCACUACUUAAAAAAAGCUCUUUUGAAAUCUGAAGACUAUUUCAUCAGCAGGAAGGAUACAUCAAACUAAAGAGUCGAAAAAGUAAGAGUCCCCAUAUUUUGUUUGUUUUUAAGGUGUAAAUACUGUACUGGUUCCUCGAGUUUCCAUUUCACUCGUCCCAAUUCCAAUUCCAAUCCAGUCUAAUCGCAAUCCCAAUCCCAUCAAUCCGCUUUAAGCUGCCGUCUUAAGCUGUACAAAAUAUGUAAUGAAGUAAUCAACCUACGAGUGCGAGUACGAGUGCGUGUUCGAGUGCGAGUACGAGUACGAGUACGAGUGCGAGUAUGUUCAUGUAAAUAUAAAUGUCUGAAUGUAAACCUCUUUGCGAAUAAAACGACUUGCUAUUUAUGAAA